AUGAGUGUGCUGCUCGUCCUCCUGUCGCUGCUUGUGCCUGCACUUGUAGCCGCUCUCUUUCUCUCCAAGACGCUACGCUUUCUUGCAGGACUAGUGGGACAGCAUCUCCGUCGAUCCUCCCGUACACGACGCGAGCUGUUACUGGCUAGGGUAGCAAGCGAAACCAAAGCCUAUGAGGCCGACCUGAAAGACAAGAAGAAGGAGGAUGACGACUGGGAACAGGUGGGAACCACACCUCCAACAAGUGCAGUCAAGGUUGGUCAAACGAAUAGCGACUGGGGCGGCAUCGUAGGCUUCUUUCACCCCUUCUGCAAUGCGGGCGGUGGCGGCGAACGAGUCCUUUGGGCUGCUAUUCGAGCACACCAAAAACGCUGGCCAAGGUCUACUUGUAUCGUGUAUACCGGUGACCACGACGUUGACAAGGCAGAGAUACUCAAGCGAGUCAAGGAUCGCUUCAACAUCCAAUUGUACCCGCCAACCGUCCACUUCCUCUACCUGACAACUCGCGACUGGGUGCUCGCAAGCAGAUGGCCACGCUUCACUUUGCUAGGACAGUCUCUCGGGUCGUUGAUUCUUGCCUAUGAUGCCUUCUCGCUCCUCGUUCCGGACAUCUUCAUAGACACCAUGGGAUAUGCGUUUGCUCUCGGCCUCUCUUCAUUCCUCUUUCCUACUGUUCCGACCGGCGCAUACGUACAUUACCCAACCAUCUCGACCGACAUGCUCGACUCGCUACAAGUGGGGGGACAGGGCGUUCAUGCAGGGACUGGGUCAGGAUACCGUGGACAAGCAAAGAAGAAAUACUGGGAGCUAUUCGCAAAGCUCUACAGCAAAGUCGGUAGCACCAUCGAUGUAGUCAUGACCAACUCCACAUGGACACAAGGUCAUGUCAAAUCGCUCUGGGGGCCAUACCGCAACAAGCGAAGCAAGCAAACUGAGAUCGAUGUUGUCUUCCCACCUGUUGCGGUUGAAGAAGUCGCAGAGGCCGUUCAAGUCUCCGAGGCUAGUGAGAAGAACCGUGGCCCAUACCUCCUCUACAUUGCGCAAUUCCGACCUGAGAAGAACCACCAACUCAUCCUCGAGGCUUUUGCGUCAUUUGUGCAAUCCAAACCCGACCUUCCAGCAUACCGCAACGAGACUCCAAAGCUAGUGCUGAUAGGCUCGGUGCGCAACUCACACGAUGACGCAAAACGGGUUUAUCAGUUGCGACUUCUUGCCCACGAGUUGCACAUCAAGGACAACGUAGAGUUCAUUUGCGACGCGCCAUGGCCUCUAAUGUUGGAGUGGAUGCGCAAGGCUAGCGUGGGAGUCAAUGCCAUGUGGAACGAACAUUUCGGCAUUGGUGUGGUCGAGUAUCAGGCCGCGGGUAUGAUUUCUGUGGUCAACAAUACCGGUGGCCCGAAGCUGGAUAUUGUAGUGGAAGUUGACGGAAAGCCUACAGGUUUCCAUGCUACCACUGCACAGGAGUAUGCAGAUGGCUUUCGCAAAGCCUUGACGCUGUCGCCACAGGAGACUUUAGAUAUGCGCCGCCGUGCGCGCAAGUCUGCUGAGCGCUUCACAGACAAGACGUUUGCCGACAAAUGGACCAAGAACGCGGAGAAGUUGGUCGCUCUACAGAUUGAGCGGACGUCCAAGUGA